AGUAGCGAUGUCCUGAUUCUGAAACGUGGGCCCACAGCUUCUGUCGCUCUGGAUCUUCCAGAACCUCCACUUUGACAGUGCUAGCAGAUCUCGUCUCCAAUAAUGCACCGCCAUCACAUCGUUCAUAGCAAUAUCGGCAAAUGCCGACGCUUCGCUUCCUUCCACCAUCAUAGCGGACGCGAUGUUACCUUUGCCACUGGUGCACAGGACGACCUCAUCGACACGAUUUUCUUAAUAGAAUCUGGGAAUUAUCUGCUCACCUCUAGCUCCAGGAUACGUGUACUGCCGAGGAGUCUGCCAUUCCAAGUACUGAUGGUGCAUUUCCAUGGUCAAUAGAGUGCAUCACAGAUAUCUUUCAUCCAGUGCCGUCGAUGGAGCAGUUCAAAUAAGGUCUUUCAGAGCGGCGUCCCUCGAUACGAGAUUCAACCAUUAAUUCCUCAAUUUCAGAAGAAUCUUCUCAGCGAAUGAAUGUCGGCGAUCUUUACGAUGUUAUGGAAAGCAGAACCGAGACGUCGAUGUUGGACAUUCAAAUGAAUUACGCCUCUUCUGUUUUGCCAGACCCAUUCAUGUUCACGGUAUAUUGAGGAUCAGCUCCAACCAAGAAGGGGCGAGAUGUGUAUACUAUCGAAAUAAACUCGAUAUUUUCUUCUCAUUUUUUUUUUCCUGCGUUUGAAUAGACAGCAUCAACC